AUGUCGAAAUCUGCAUCUUCAAGCGCGAAGCCGCGCGUCCUUCGCAAGUUGGGUCAUUUCGAGCGCUUCCAAACAUCAUUGAUGACGAUGGAAUUAGCCUGCGGCACAAUCGUCACUAGCCAAUACCGCAUCCCCGAGCAUCUCCAAGAUUCGCACGACAAGCAAGUCGACGCAUUGGAAGCCGCCGUCGCAGACACAAUCCGCAAGCAUCCUCUCCUGCAAGUCGGUGUGAUUGGCGAAAAGACGAAGCGACCUUCUUGGAUUCAACUCGACGAGAUCAAUCUCAAGAACCACAUUGUUUGGACAACUGCUGAUCCCAACGAUGAAUACGGCGCCAAACUCAAUGAAAUCACUAUUCGAGAACUCGAUGCCAAGCUCGGCAAUUUCGCAACACGACCACUCUGGCGGCUACUGGUCCUGGAACUCGAGGGUCAGAAUCUUCUUGAAGUCAUGUUUAUCUGGAAUCACAUGUGCACAGAUGGAAAUGGAGGCAAAAUCUUUCACGAGUCGUUGCUGGAAUCCUUGAACACGCCCAAUCUCCCUCCUCUUGAGAAUCACGCCUUCAAGACUACAACAACAGCUGAAAACAUGCUCCCGCCGCAAAACGUCAUCGCCAAGUUCAAAAUCACGCCCAAGUUUGCUGCCACCAACGCCUGGCAAGAGCUCAAGCCUCCUAUGCUUGAGUCCAAGACCGCGUAUGUUUCAUGGGCCGGCAUCAGAAGGACUCCUCGCAAAACGCAAAUCAGGAGCUUCAACAUCGACAAUGAAUCUACCCAGAAGAUCCUCUCAGCUUGUCGAUCGCAUAAGACAACUCUUACGGGUCUCAUUCACGCCGCUGCAUUCAUAUCUCUUGCGCACCAAGUGCCCGAGGAAAAACUAGCCUCCAUCAUUUGCGAAACUCCUCUGAACUUAAGGCGUUUUAUUAAACCCAACCCCAAAGCGCAUUCUGGACUUCAGCCUGAGCAGCUCAUCGCAAACUACGUGACCAUGAUGGACCACGUUUUCAAGAAGAGCCUUGUCCAAAAAGUUCGCCAGCAGUCCAGAAGCGUGGGUGAUGAGGAAAGAUUCUCUGCCCUUGAGGAAGAGAUGUGGUCUGCAGCAGCCUUCAUCCGAGGAGAAAUCAAAGACAAGCUUGACCUCGGAUUGAAGAAUGACUUGGUCGGUUUGAUGGGCCUUGUUGGUGACUGGGACAAGUACCACAAGGAUGAAUUGAAGAAGCCCAGAAAACAUUCCUGGCUGGUCUCCAAUGUGGGUGUCAUCAACGGGCAUAACGAUGGGGAUGAGGCUUCACUCUGGACCAUUAAGAGAAGCAAAUUCUCUCUCUCCGCCUGUGUUAGGGGAUGCAUAUUCAACAUUGGCGUGAUCAGCGUCAAGGGCAAAGAUCUAUUUAUCGACCUCUCAUGGCAAGACGGAAUUGUUGAUGCUACUAUUGCUGACAGGUUGGUUGCUGAUCUUGAGAAAUGGCUACGUCACGUUGCGGAAAAGGCUUAAUACUCUAUGACUUUUGUACGAUUAAAACUAUAUACAACGUCUAAGGAAAUACCUUAGUGUAGAAAGAU